AUGAUCGAGCAGGCCAUCCUAGCUGCAUUGACACCCCUCCGGACAUCUAUUGACACUCUCACAUCGAGAGUAGAGACUUGUAAGAGUCAACAGAGGGCUUCUUUAGAGAUGAAGACUUUGAAAGCCGACGUGGAAGAUUUGAGGAAGGAUGUGGACUAUCUAAAGUCUACAAACUUCACCUCUUUAUUUGAGGCAGCUGAGAUUGAGGGUGUUCCGGGCAGUUCUAAGAUACCUCCGACGACAACCGGAGAUGUGUCUAUAGAGGAUAUUGUUGCUGAUGAGUCAGAGGCUGAGACGCAUGAGGAGCAACUAGAUGCUCAGGAGGAGACCAUCUAUGGAGACCAACAGGAUUUAAAGGAUACAAUUGUAUAG